CAAAUCAUAUUGACUGACACACAAGUGACUUGUUUUUUUAGAUCUUGAUGCCAUAGAAAAAUUUUUUCUUCAAAUUAGAAACCGCAUUGGACUUCUUUUUUUCCACAAAAUUUUGGUGUCUGCAAUGUAUGGAAGAGGGGAAAAAAAUCUCCCAUGCACCAGAAGAUCUAUUUGUGCCUGUCACCUGGCUCAUUUGUACUAAGUGAAGAUGAGUGGGGGAAGUCGCAGCAGCACCCCAGCUGGCGAGCCUGGAGAUGGCCGACCGAUGUUCCCUUUAGUACCACGGCCAGACAUAAAUACACCCAGCCAUCAAAUAGGAGUUACUCCACAAUAUCCAAGUACAACAAGCCCAAGCCCUGGGUUUGUUAGUCAAGGAGCCUCAUUGAUGGCCUUAGGACACAAUGUCAUGUUUUCUGGAGGCAAGCUGAUGUCAGGCCCAGCCCACGAGGCUCAUCGCUACAUGACUGAAGCUUAUCGUCUGGCAGCUGGUGAUGCAGGUGCUCACCGUAUGUCUUAUAGCACUGUGGGCAUUAGGUCACAGUCUGAGCAGCAGUCACUUCUCACAGAGUCGCACAGGAGCAAUGUUAGUUCACCAUCUAAUAACAGCGACAGAGGCCAGAGCAUUCCACAACGACAGUCAGAGGUGGAUAGGUCUAUAUAUAACCCAGCCAACCAAGCUCCACAAGUUAAUAUGGAAACAUUGAGAUUAGAAGCAAAUAGAAUAGAUAGUUCCAGACCAGAAGCAUCAAGCCCUCGAGCCAUGACCAACUCUGAUAGAGUAAGCCACAGCAGUAGUAGUAGCAGGUUGGCAACACCCAAGACUGAAGGUGAUGGUUUCCAGUAUAGCAAGAAUCCUUACUCUCAUAGCCAUGCUCCCCAACAGUCCUCUCAGACCAAGAACAAGAGUACUGUAGGGCCACAUAUGUUCCCUGUCUCUUUUUCUCCAUAUCACCAAUAUGCAGAUGAGGGUUCAGCUUACAAACGCCAUUUUUAUGAUGAUGCUAGAAGGGAACUGGUCGAAUCUGUUAAUCCAGCAGAUCAGCUCUUGACAGUUGGUAAAAACAGAGAUCAUAGUGUGACAGAAAAGAUUGUACAGGAACUCUCCAGGUUUGAGAGUUGUGUUAGUCAAGAUCUGUACCAGCAUGUUGAUCCAGGAAAAGAGGAACCAACUUUUGGUCAGGUUUCAGCUAGUACCUCUGCCCAUCCAGGGGUUAUGCCACGACCAAAGAUGUGUAAGGGUAGACAACCAAAAAUUUAUAAAUGUGAACUGUGCCAUCAAGAGUUCAAGAAUAGCACCCAGCUGAAGAACCAUGCUUGGCGUCAUACUGGUGAGAAGCCAUUUGCAUGUCAUAUUUGCCAAGCUACUUUUACACAACAGUCUAACUUGAAAACACACCUGCGAAUUCAUACAGGUGAACGACCAUACACAUGUGAAGAAUGCAAUUCUACUUUUACUCAGAUUUCCAAUUUGCGCACACAUCAGAAAAUUCAUACUGGAGAAAAACCUUAUGAAUGUGAUAUCUGUUUUACUAGAUUUUCCCAGCAGUCUAAUUUAAAGAGCCACAAACUGAUCCAUUCAGGGGAAAGGCCAUUUAAAUGUGAUGAAUGUGGAUCAUGCUUUGUACAGUCUACCCAUUUACGAAAUCAUAAACGUAUUCAUACAAAUGAGAGACCCUAUGCUUGCGAACAGUGUGGAGCAAAGUUUCGGCAGUUAUCAAAUUUAAAGACUCAUGAAAAAAUCCACACAGGAGAACGCCCAUUCGUAUGUGAAGAUUGUGGUUCCGCAUUUGCACAGAAAUCUAAUCUAAAAUCUCACAGAAUAAAGCUGCAUUCUGCCGAUGGGGUGCCAAAUAGGCGAGGUCGCAAGAAGAAACUGGAAGCAAUACGGCCCUUUACUUGCGAACAGUGUGGAGCAAAAUUUACCAUGAUGUCAAACCUCAAAAUCCAUUUGAGGUUGCAUACUGGGGAAAAACCAUAUCAGUGUCAGAUAUGUGGUGCUAGCUUUGCCCAGCGUUCAAAUCUUAAAACCCAUGAGCAGACCCACACUGAUGAACGUCCCUAUAGAUGUCAGGAAUGUCCAGCAGCUUUUAGGCAGAAAACAAACUUGAAGACCCAUAAAAUGAAAAAGCACCCUGUAAAGAGUUUGAAAAUUAAGAUAUUACAAGAUUCCCAAUACAUCAUGCAAGACCUGUUGCAAGGGGGAGGGGAAGAAGGACCCUCUCACAUAGAGGAACCGAUUGUGCAGAUAAGGGAAGGGGAGAGGGAACAUUUACACCUUUUGGAAGGUGCCUGUGGGGUGGAUGAUGAUGAUGAUAGUAUUAAAUCUGAAGAAGAAGAGUACCAUAGUCAAGAGGGCCCAGAUGCAGGUGAUGUCAUGCACAGAAGCUGUAAACCAUAUACUCCUGAGGCCAAUCCAUAUGAUAGUCAGAAUUUUCAGUGAAGAUGAUUUGGCAUUAAGUACUGGAGGUUGUAAAUGUAUGGAUUAUAUAUAUCAUAAAUUGAGACAUAGAAGUCAUUACUUACCUGUAGGUUAUACGGACUAGGUUAAUGCAGUUUCAGCAUUUUUUUUUUUUUUUUUUUUUUUUUUUUUUUUUUUUUUUUUUUUUUUUUUUUUUUUUUUCUCUCUAGAAAAAAUGUCUAGUAAAAGUAGAAGAAAAGCUAUGCAUUUUGGAAUUGAGCAUACUUGUAUGAGGGACUUUCUGGAACAAAAAUAAGGUUUCAAGAGUCACAAAGGAUAAAGAAACAGAAAGAGGUAGCAAACCAUUAUUUUAAGGGUUAAGUAAUGCAUUACUAGUACCAAUAAAACAUAACUUUGUUUUCUGGGGUUGAAUUCGUAUGAAAGCAUUUUCUGAAUAAUAUUAAGAAAAUUUGGUUAUGCUCACUUUAUUGAACAUGCUUGCACUCUCAAGUAAAUAUGCAUUUGCAGACAUGCCUCCUUCCCUCUACAUUAUCUUUCCUCUCAUUUUAUCUAGCUCCCCCCUUGCCUUAGCUGGCUAUUUUUGCAUAUUGAUACUUAAUACUCUGCAGUAGACUCUGUUCAGAAGAAUUUCCCUUUGUUUAUCUUGCUGUCAUUGCUAGAGGGAAAUGAAUUUUUAACAAUUAGAGAAUAAGAGCUUCAAAUUCUCAUUCAACUAUUAUGUAAGGAGGCAUUUUACAUGUAAUGACAGAUUAUCAUACAGGAUCAGCUUUUGAUGUAUGACUUGAAUAACAAACACAAAAAGAUUGACAAAUGUGCUUGUAGAAUUAGACACAUCAUUUAAAACUGUCAUUACCUGUGCAAAGUAGGUAAACAAUUAUGCUUUGGGUCUUGUGAAAAGAAGCAGUGGAAAAGGGUUUAGAUUUUCUUUUUUCUUUUUUUUCCAAUUUAUUUUAGUAUGUAUUUAAUGAUUAAGCACAUGAUCAUUAGUCUUGUCUGACCAAAAUGUAAGGUGAGAUAUGAUAUUGAUUCAACUGUAAUCACCUUAUCAUCAAUGCAAGUCUGAUGACCAAAAAUUACAAGGUAGUAGUACUCAGAAUAUAUAGCACCAAUUGCGGAUGCUUUGAAUCAAUAUUAAAGUAGGUUUCAGGUAAAGUGUUGCAGAUACUGUUUAAAACUUAAUUGCUUUUGUUUUAAAUGUUUAAAGAUUGAUAAGGAAUGCAUGGUCAUGAGAAGAUGUCAUACAAUGUCAGUGUUUAAAAAAAGAAUGUUGUGUUUGAUGUUGAGCAAGCAAUAUUGAUCAAGAAAGUUGACUUGUGUGGAGUUUUGUAAGGCAUUGGUUUUUCACGUUGAGGUAUCAAAAUUAUUAUUACCCAUUUUGCACAACUAAGUAACUUGAAAAGGGUGUGAUUUGCUUAAUGACUGGGAUUUCAUUCUGGUUAGAAGCAAAGGCAUAUUCAAUCUGUAUACAUUGAAAAUUAAAUGAAAAGAUUAGGAUGAAAAUUAAGUAAAAUUGCUUAAGAUUUGUGAAGAUAGAAUCCUCCAUUUUUAAAUUAAUUCAUAGUUAACCUGUUGGAUUUGGAAAAAUAUUGCUGAAGGCCAAAGUGACAGGAGUGUAUCACCAUGGGAAUUUUUGCUGUAUGGCAGGUGUACCACCCGUGAGCCAUAGCAGGAAGAGUGCUGGCUCUAGGGAGGAACCUAUUCCUGCCUAUUCCGACAAGAGUGUUGCUUAUUGUUAUGGUAAUUGCAGAUUAUAUGAAGUCUUAUUACCAUCUUGAUACAAUAUUAAUGACAAAUAUGGACUUUGGAAAUUUGAAAAAUGCCUGAAAUAUAUCUGCUAAAAAAGGUUAAUUUAUUACAAAGAGGAGAUAAGAAGUGUUCAUGUAGGUUGGGCCUACAAACCUUUUACAUGGGAGAGUCGCCGCACAGAUGAGCCUUGAUAUUGGGUCGUGUGGACCAUAACGCAACCGGAUUCAUCGGGUUAAUAGAAAUAAGUAAUAGUAAUGGAAGUUUCUCGAUUCUAUUUAUUAAAACUGCAUUACAAUACUAUAUUGAACCUUGAUGAGAAAUUUGAAAAUCUUACCACUCACUUGAGAAGAUAAAACAUGCAUUAUACAACUCUUUUUUUUGUUGUUGUUGUUUUUGUUUACAAAGGCUGUUUUUUAUUUAUUUACAAUUAUUAUAUUUUCUUCAAAUCUUCUAGUAAUAAUAAAAUUGUAUAGAUAAAUUAAUUUUGAAUUGGAUGAACACAUCAGGUGCUGUUACAUCUGACUAUUCCUUGUGAAGUAAGUUGGCAUUACCAGUUAUUGAGGAAUUUACAUAUUUGUUUCUGCUCUUGUGUACAAGAGAGACAAGUAAAGUGUGCUAGCAAUAUUUUCAAUAAUGAUGCUGCCACAUUAAGGAAAGUAAGUAUAUAUGUUUCAAAAUGUCACCUUGGUAUCCUAUUAUAAAGAACUAUAGCAGAGCCAUAAAGCACAAAUAUCAUGCAGAAAGAUUAUAAUUUAUUGUCAUUAGAAGGAAGGGUAAUUUUAUCAUUCAGUCAUUCACUUGGUUAGCUGUGAGUGCUGUAAUAUGCUUGAGAGUGAAGAAUUUGAUAUAUGUGGAUGAGAAAGUAGUGCAUGCACAGUUUUGUUGUAAAGAAAUAAUUGCACCUAGUGUCUGGGGUUGAGAAGUUUAGGUACCUGAAGUUUGAGAUUAAGCAAAUAUUUUCCUUAAAUCCUUUGGUUGAAAGCUUUUAGGGUCUACAAUAGGAUUCUACUUUUACAUUUGGUAGAAAAAUUUGUAGAAUAUGUCAGUAAUGUUGGGACAUAAAAUGGAACCAGACAUUUAAAUAGGUUAAGAGUUGGUGGUGCCAAUUAUUUCUGUUCUACACUAUAGUAGUAAGGACAUGGUGUUUGAGAAGUAAGUGGUGUGGCAAAAUUCAAUGUGAAGUGUUUAGAGACUUAAGUGUGAUGAGUGUAUAACAUUGAGAGAUUCCAUGCACUUAAUGUAUGAUGUUGUAGGUCUGCAUGCAUAAAGUGUAUGAUGCAAGAGCUAACUUGUCUGCUUUACUAAUAUAUCCUGUGUUUAUCUGAGAGACUGAGGGAAGUCAUGCCUGUAUUAAUGACUUUCCUGACAUUAAUGCUGUUCACUUGUAAGUUAGGCAGAUGUUUAGAUGUAGGACUUUCUGAUGCUUUGUCAGUCAAUAAAAUUUUUGAUAUGGAA